AAGAAGGCCAGACUCAGGGACUCUGCCCUGUUCCCCAGCCCUCCAGGGCCCCACCUACUCUGAACAGUAAGACUAGAGCCUUUCUCAGCUGGACUGUCUUACUACACAUUCUGCCAUCUGCUCCACCCUACAGCCUAGAGAUCUGAUUGACAGUACUGUCCUUGUUGGGUGACUCACAGAGGAAAAUAAGAGGAAACAGUGCCCAGAAUUCUAUUUCUCACCCCACCCCCAGACAUUUAAAUCACCCUCCAGAUCCUUAGUCCCCUCAAUUCGCCCCAGAAGAUUCCAGUUACUCUUCAGAGUGUGUGCCUACAACAGGCAGAGAGCAAGCCUGGGAACCACCCUGGCACUGCUUGUCUCUGGGAUGCUGACAACAUUCUCCCUCCUGUGUAUCACAGAGAAGAUUCAGGUUUCCAGAGUCUGUCAGCUUUGGAAGAUGCUAGCCGAACAGUCUGCUCCAUGGAGACAUGUGCCUGACAUCUUACCGAGUACAAAUGGCUUUGCCUGCUUAAUGCUUGGACUGUCUGUGAGUGAAAACCCAGAGAAAGACUGCUGGCAACUGAGUUAUUGACAAUGCAGCCAUUGGAAUCGGUGACAUUUGAAGAUGUAGCUGUAGACUUCACCCAGGAAGAGUGGGCCCUGCUGGACACAUCCCAGAGAAAGCUAUUCAGAGAUGUGAUGCUGGAAAAUAUCAGUCACCUUGUCUUCGUGGGGUAUCAGCAUUGCAAAUUGGAUGUGAUUUUCCAGUUGGAGCAAGGUGAAGAGCUGUGGAUUGAAGGAAGAGGAUUUUUCCAAAGCCACAGUCCAGGCAGGGAAAGUGCCUUUAAAGAAGAAUUGUUAGCCACACAGCAUAUCAGCAAGAAGGACACAUCUACAAUCAUCCCAAUGCAGACAUUUCACACUCCAGAGGAUCCCUGUGAAUGUAAUGAUUUGGGAGAAGAUUUCAGUCCUAGCUCCACACUGAGUCAACAUUUGUUAACUCACACAGAAAAGAUACCCAAUAUCAGCAAACAGUAUCAAAAAUCCCAGAGUGACCAGUCAUACCUUAAUCCACAUAAGCAGAUCCAUAGCAGAGGUAAAUCAUGCGAGUGCCAUCUGUGUGGUAAAGCCUUCAGCAAUUGCUCUAGCCUUAGAAGACAUGAGAUGACCCAUACUGGAGAAAAACCUUAUGAAUGCCAUAUCUGUGGGAAUGCCUUUAUUCAAAGCUCUGACCUUAGAAAACACAAUCUGACUCACACUGGAGAGAAGCCGUAUGAAUGUCAUCUCUGUGGAAAAGCCUUUAGUCAGUCCUCCAACCUCAGACAGCAUGAAAGGACGCACACUGGAGAGCAACCGUAUGAAUGUCAGCUCUGUGGGAAAACCUUCAGUAAAUGUUCUGCUCUUAGACGUCACGAGAGAACUCACACUGGAGAGAAGCCGUAUGAAUGUCAUCUCUGUGGAAAAGCCUUCAGUCAGUGUUCCGCCCUUAGGCGACAUGAGGGAACCCACAAUGGAGAGAAAAUUAUGAAUGUUUUCAGUAGGUAUUCUGACCUUAGAUGACAUGGUAUUAUAAAUGUAAUAAACAUGGACAAGACUUCAACCAUAGCUUUAAUAUUUGAACACAUCAGAGAGUCACAUCAAAGAAAGCUGUAAAUCACUGUAAAACACUGAUCAGUGGGGAAGACCCUUCAGUCAUCCUUACUCCAUUUGACAUAUGCACAUUUAUAUGAAAGAGAAUCCACAUGUGUGACAUUUAUAUAGCAAAACCUUCAGUCUGUUGUGUGGCCGUAGAUGUCAUGAGAGAACUUGCACUGUAAAUAUAAGGAAUGUGGACGUCUUUAACAACAGCUCUAAACUUUGAACAUACUGGAGGAUUUGCACAGGGGAGAAUCCAAGUCUGCAAUUAGUGUGAAAAUGCUUUCAUUUAUAAUUCAUGGUAAACAACAUGAACAGACUCCAUCUGGGAAAGCCUCUAGGUCUAAUCACUGAACAAACAUUAAGCCAAGCAUAGUCGAUGUGCAUGAGAAAGCUCCGUGAAGGAGUAAUCACUAUGACAGGAAGUAAGAGGGUGAAGGCUCUUGAGAAAUACCAAGUAAUUCAUCCUAAAGAAGUGAUUCACUGAAAAAUAUGACAAAUCCUUUAUUCAUAAGAACCACACCUGAGGUACAUGUGUGGAUUCAGACUGUACAAAACACUCUGUCAUGAAAGAAGGAAAGUCUUCAGUGGCCUCAUUUCAUAAUCAACAUUAAGGUUUUCAUGUUGAAGAAACAGUGAUCCUAGAGUCAAGUGGAGAAAACUUAAUCUAGAUUUCAGAAAACUAAGGUGGGGUGAAAAACCCUUUAAAAGAGCUUUUAAUGUACAAUUUAGCAAGUAAUUCAGGAUUUUGAGUGAACUAUUUAUGAAGAAAAGUCGGACAUAAAUACAAGAUAGUAAAGUGAUCUGGGAACACUGAAUGCCAAAUUUUAUAAGAAACUAAACUUUUUUCAAUAGAUUAUUAUUUGUAAAUAUUUAAAUAAUAAAGUCUGUUGCUGAAAAAUCUA